GACAGAUGCGGUUGAAUGGGGAGGUAUGUGAUUCUGCUGUGGAGCCAAAAGGGAAGACGGUUGUGUGGUCUCACCCUGCACAAUGCCAGCUAUCAAAAGCACCAUGAGAUCGUUGGACCCCCUGCACUAAAGGGCGUUCCCAAGGCACUGGCUGAGAGGACUGCAUCAAACAAACGAGGAACACAGUGGCUUUGGAGCACCGUGCAGAACGUGUGCAGGCAGCUCCUUACUGGUGAAGAAAGCUUCCACAUACCAGUAAGAUCUUCCCUCCAUCCAAAGAUUGUGUCUGGAAUCAAGUAUAUCCUGGAUGUUGAGCUUGGCCGGACCACCUGUACAAAGUCAGCAACUGAUCUUCAGAGCUGUGCAUUCCAUAAAGAACCAGCAAUGGCAAAGCACGUCACUUGCAACUUCGUAGUGUUAUCUGUUCCGUGGCUAAACCAAAUUAGCUUACUGAAAAAUAACUGCCAAUAAGCAUCAGUUUGUUCCAGGAGACAUCAGCAACUGCUUGUUGGUUUGGGCUGUUGUUUCUUUUUUUCCUUCUUCAGUAAAAGAGCAAUAAUAUGAAUUCCCUCUUGUGAUGGACUUGCAUACAUUGCUAUUAACUCAAAUACUUAUAAGUAUGCUUGUACUAUGCAAGUAAAAAUAUAUAGCUUUCCUUCUGAAGCACAAUAUAAUCUGAAUGUAAUUUUCCCCUGAUAUUACAUUUUUUGGAACAUCUAUUUUCAUGCUUCUUUUCCCUGCCAAAUAAAACAGUAGUCUUAAUCCACAACAGCAGAGAUUUUUCCCAUGUUUUUCCUUGUUUAAUGGUGACUGCUCUAAGAAUUAAAAAUUGUAAUUCCUCAA